GCGCUUCUCAAUCGCCGCCGGUUUCUAAUCCGCUCUAAAACACGAUCUAAUUCAGUCAUCCACUUGAAAGAAAUAUUGAGGAAGAUACCGGACACUUUCGCGGACGUGACAGAGUGAUUAUUCUGCACCCGUAGCCCCGAAAGCGGAUGUUUGCGGUCUCGGGGUGACAUGGCGUAGCGCGAGUUUGAGCGAGCUAAUUUGCUAGCAGCCGCGCGUCUGAAAUGAUGAUCUGUUGGAAAGCGCCACAUUUGCUCGAGUUUGGUGUCAGCCCCCGUUUUCAAAUGGUCCUUUCAGUGGCACGAUGGGACGCGUGAUCAGGGGACAGCGAAAGGGCGCCGGCUCCGUGUUUAAAGCCCACGUCAAGCACAGGAAAGGUGCCGCCAAACUCCGCCACAUUGACUUCGCCGAACGCCACGGCUACAUCAAGGGGAUCGUCAAGGAUAUCAUCCACGACCCCGGCCGCGGGGCCCCUCUGGCCAAGGUGGCCUUCCGGGACCCGUACCGCUUCAAGAAGAGGACCGAGCUGUUCAUCGCCGCUGAGGGCAUCCACACGGGGCAGUUCAUCUACUGCGGCAAGAAGGCUCAGCUGAACAUCGGCAACGUCCUUCCCGUGGGCACCAUGCCCGAGGGCACCAUCGUCUGCUGCCUGGAGGAGAAGCCCGGCGACAGGGGCAAGCUGGCGCGCGCCUCCGGAAACUACGCCACCGUCAUCUCGCACAACCCGGAGACCAAGAAGUCCCGAGUCAAGCUGCCGUCAGGCUCAAAGAAGGUCAUCUCCUCGGCCAACAGAGCCGUCGUCGGUGUGGUCGCUGGCGGCGGUCGUAUCGACAAGCCCAUCCUGAAGGCGGGUCGCGCCUACCACAAGUACAAGGCCAAGAGGAACUGCUGGCCUCGCGUCCGCGGCGUGGCCAUGAACCCCGUCGAGCAUCCCUUCGGCGGCGGCAACCAUCAGCACAUCGGCAAGCCCUCCACCAUCAGGAGGGACGCCCCCGCCGGUCGGAAGGUCGGUCUUAUCGCUGCCCGUCGUACCGGCAGGCUGCGCGGAACCAAGACCGUCCAGGAGAAGGAGAACUGAGUCGGGCUGCGCUCGAAAUAAAACAAAAAGUGUUCCAAAACAAAGUUUUCUGUUUUUGUCCGUUUGCGUACACUUCAACUAGGAUUUCCUCGACUGGUGCUUUGUGUAACACACGUGGAAGUCUGCUGAAUUCAAUAAAGCAAUUUUUUGCAAAAGUU